CGGCCACGAAAGCUUCGUCUUGCUAUUUAAAAUGCCAAUGUCAAAGGCUGUGAACGGUACACUGCCAGGUCCUAGCAACGCGCAAAAAGGAAAGGCAAAAAUGACCCAGGCAAAUAGCCCGAUGUCCUCAUUGGUGAACAAUGUUCGUCGGAACGGCAAUUCACCGCAACGUCCGCUACCAGAUCAUGACGAACGUUUUGACCAUGUAACUUAUAUAGGAAAGAAUCGGAUAGAUACCUAUCAGAUAAAGCAACAACUAACAGAAUUUUUGGGUGAUAAUGCUCAUCCCUAUUGGGAUGCUUUCAAAAA